GGCGAAUACAUCCGCCAUCCGGUCCUGUACGAAUUAAGUCACAAGUAUGGACUUCAAACAGACCACGUGCCCGAAUCGGCUCUGCCUUGCAAAUUAGAAGAAUUAAAAGAGCGUGUUAGGCGCGAAAUUCGAAAAGAAUUGAAAAUUAAGGAAGGCGCCGAAAAACUACGGGAGGUUGCCACAGAUAGAAGAUCCCUUUCCGAUGUGGCCGGAAUUGUUAAAAAAAGCAACGCACGUCUGGCCGAAUUAAAAUCCGAAUUACUAGAAUUAGAAUCCCAAAUUAUUUUAACGAGAGGCGGAACGACGGCGACCGGUGCUCCAGAAGAUUAUUGCAAUGGCCAAGAUUCUCCAAUGUCUCCAGGAGUUGGCCAGCAGCCAUCUUCAUCUCCUCAUGAUCCAACGGCAGCUAGGCUGCUCUCCUUAGAAAAACAGCUGAAUAUCGAAUUAAAAGUCAAACAAGGAGCUGAAAAUAUGAUUCAGAGCAUUACUGGCGGACAUCAUUCGAGGGAUAAGAAAUUAUUGCAAGAAGCCUUGCAAAUGCUGGCUGACAGCAAAGCUAAAAUAGAUUUUCUUAAGAUGCGCAUACUUAGAUUUCGUCAAUCACGCCAACAUCACGAUUAUCACACAAAUUCUCCUGGUGGUUUCGACGGACAAGAUAAUAGUAAUGGAAAUCAAUAUCGGGAUCCUAGUUCUGGAGGUCCUGGAAAUCCACAACAACAGUUGGAGCCUCCAGUUGAAGAACGUGUCGAAGAAUUAAGGCAUCGUUUAAGAAUUGAAGCUGCUGUCGUGGAAGGCGCUAAAAAUGUUAUUAGGUUACUACAAAGCGGGUCCAAGGUGGCCGACAAGAAGGCUUUACAAGAGGCUCAACAAAGUCUCCAAGAAUCUAGCCGUAAGUUAGAUUUAUUGAGAAAAUCACUCGAAUUGCGGAGAUCCGAACUUCCACCUGAUUCACCGGCUGCUAAUCAACUCAAAAAUGAAUUGCAGCAAGCGCAGGCUUCAAGUCCAGGACCUGUCACAUAUACACCACUUAGACCGCUUACAGGUGGUAUCACGACGAAUAGAAUACAAAGCAGUUUCAUUCACGGAGGUGUUUCCAAUAUGAAUAGAUGUGCUGCAGUAACUGGAAAAUUAGAAGUACGUUUAAUGGGUUGCCAGGAUCUCCUAGAGGAUGUGCCUGGUCGAUCUCGGCGUGACAAAGAUGCCGUUUCUUCUCCAACAAGCAGUAGCAGUGGAGGCGGUGGCGGAGGCGGUGAUCUUCGAUCUUUUGUCAAAGGAGUUACAGGAAGAGGAUCAAGCAAAUCGUAUUCCGUAAAAGAUGAAACAAGUCAAGAUAUAAUGGCCGUUAUAAAAUUGGAUAAUCAGACUGUUGGGCAAACCAGCUGGAAGCCGUGCUCCCAGCAGGCAUGGGAUCAGAGAUUUUCCAUAGAUCUGGAUAAAUCUCGUGAACUGGAAAUUAGCAUUUAUUGGCGUGAUUGGCGUUCUUUGUGCGCAGUUAAAUUCUUGCGCCUAGAGGAGUUUAUUGAUGAUAUUCGUCACGGUAUGGCUUUACAACUUGAGCCACAGGGACUGCUUUUUGCGGAGAUAAAAUUCUUGAAUCCUAUGAUAUCGCGUAAACCAAAACUUCAAAGGCAGAGAAAAAUAUUCAAGCAACAAGUGAAAAAUAUUCCACGAGCUAACCAGAUGAACAUCAAUGUAGCUACAUGGGGUAGAUUGCUGAAAAGAUCUUCCCCGUCCAUUCAAAACACAAGAAACGAUGCUGUUCCUGGUGUUCAACCAUUGGCCGAUACAUCGCUUGCAGAAGAUAAGGCUGAAACACCUGGUGAAAUUCCUGAUAUGCAAGCUGCUGGUUUAUCUGGUGCUCGUCCAUUAGGUGUCACUACACCUCAAACAGAAACUCAAUUUAUGCCUCAAAUCCAGCAGCAUCAAACUCCGCCUACGCAGCAUUUACUCCAACAAAAUCAAUCUCAACUACCAGUUACUCCCCGUGCAAAAAAACCACCAGCAGUUUUACCGCCAGCAUUGCCGCCGAGAAUGGACACUGAGUUGCAAAAAGCACUCAGAGAGUUCGACUUUUUGAAUCAGGAGUCAACGGCGACUUCUCCAAUUCAUCCGAUGAAUCAUCAGUUUGGAAAAAUGACGAUUGAAAAUAAAAUCCCUCAAGCUGUCGCCGCCGUUCCGCAUCCUCAUGAUCUGAAUGAAUAUAGACCAGAUCUUUUAAGACCAGUUAUUUCAACGCAUCCUUUAGUUGUUUCUGGUUUCCCAAUGCAGCCAGGAUCUGUACCACCUUCUCCGAUUGUUGAAGUACCACCGUCGCCACAACCUUUGGUCGAAUUCCCAGAAGAAGAGAUAAUUCAACAAUAUGAAAAUCAACAAGCUGCAAUUGGCCGUAGACCAGGACGACCUUUGGAAUAUCGUGAUAGCGCUUAUGAAUCGCGCAGACAUUCUCAAUAUGCAGGCAUGUCAAUGGAUCAAUUCCGUUUGCUGAGUGUUUUGGGAAGGGGGCACUUUGGAAAAGUUAUAUUGUCACAAUAUCGUCACACUGGAGAAUAUUUUGCGAUAAAGGCUUUAAAGAAGGGAGAUAUUAUCGCAAGAGAUGAAGUUGAAUCACUGCUAUCAGAAAAAAGAAUAUUCGAAGUCGCCAAUACGAUGAGACAUCCGUUUUUGGUUAAUCUUUUUGCUUGUUUUCAAACGGAGGCUCAUGUCUGUUUCGUUAUGGAAUACGCGGCAGGCGGCGAUCUCAUGAUGCACAUCCAUGCUGACGUCUUUUCGGAACCUCGUGCAGUUUUUUACGCAGCUUGUGUGGUUUUAGGUUUGCAGUACCUUCAUGAAAAUAGGAUUGUUUAUCGUGAUUUGAAACUAGAUAAUUUGCUUCUGGACACUGAUGGUUAUGUGAAAAUUGCCGAUUUUGGAUUAUGCAAGGAAGGAAUGGGACACGGAGAUAGAACAGGAACUUUUUGUGGAACGCCCGAAUUUUUGGCCCCUGAAGUUCUAACUGAAACUUCGUAUACAAGAGCUGUGGAUUGGUGGGGAUUGGGAGUUUUAAUAUUUGAAAUGCUUGUAGGAGAGUCACCUUUCCCGGGAGACGAUGAAGAAGAAGUUUUUGAUUCUAUAGUUAAUGAUGAAGUACGCUAUCCUAGAUUUUUAUCAUUGGAAGCAAUAGCAAUAAUGAGAAGACUGUUGAGAAAGAAUCCUGAAAGAAGAUUAGGAUCAAGUGAACGAGAUGCUGAAGAUGUGAAAAAACAAGCAUUUUUCAGAUUAAUUGUAUGGGAUGAUUUAUUACUAAGAAAGGUUAAGCCACCCUUCAUUCCUACAAUCACUUCUUUGGAAGAUGUAAGUAACUUUGACGAAGAGUUCACAUCAGAAAGACCACAACUUACACCACCUAAAGAACCAAGAAUUCUUACAGAGGAUGAACAAAAGUUAUUCCGCGAUUUCACAUAUAUGGCUGAUUGGUGUUAAAUGUAAUUGUGAAUAUUUCAUAAUGUUCUACAAGGUUUGUAUAUUAUUUGA